UGGUCCCGGUCUGGUCCUGGUCUAGUCCCGGUCUGGUCCUGGUCUGGAGGAGGACCAUGGGGAAGGAGCAGGACCUCCUCCAGGCCGUGAAGAACGGAGACCUGAACCAGACCCAGAAACUACUGUCCAAACUGAGACCAGCCCGGACCAAGCUUCUUGGAUCGACCAAACGUCUGAACGUGAACUACCAGGACUCAGACGGGUUCUCUGCUCUCCAUCAUGCUGCUCUCUCUGGAUCUUCUGAGCUCCUCUCGGCUCUGCUCGACGCCCAGGCCUCCGUCGACAUCAAGGACAGCAACGGAAUGCGCCCGCUGCACUACGCGGCGUGGAGGGGCGGGGCCGACUCCGUGCUGCUGCUGCUGAGGGGCGGAGCUUCGGUGAACGGGACCUCCCAGGACGGACACACCCCCCUGCACCUGUCCGCCCAGUACGGACACUUCCAGGUGUCUGAGAUGUUGCUGCAGCAUCAGUCAAACCCGUGUCUCCUGAACAAAGCCAAAAAGACGCCGCUGGACCUCGCCUGCGAGUUUGGACGAUUCCAGGUGGCUCAGCUCCUCCUCAGUAGUAACAUGGCCGCCGGUCUGUUGGAGGGAGAGAAGAAGGAGCCGACAGACUCGUCGUUCACGACGCCGCUGCACCUGGCGGCUCGAAACGGACACAAAGAACUCAUCAGGCUGUUGUUGAAGUCCGGCAUCGACAUCAACAAAACGACUAAAUCGGGCACGGCGCUGCACGAGGCCGCCCUCUACGGGAAAACUGAGGUGGUGCGACUGCUGCUGGACGCCGGAGUGGACGUGAACAUCAGAAACACGUACAACCAAACGGCGCUCGACAUCGUCAACCAGUUCACCACGAGUACGGCCAGCAGAGACAUCAAACAACUACUGCGAGAUGCCUUUGGGGUGCUGCAGGUUCGAGCUCUGAAGGAUUAUUGGAACGUCCACGACCCGACGGCGCUGAACAUCAGAGCGGGCGACAUCAUCACGGUGAUGGAGCAGCAUGCAGACGGGCGGUGGAAGGGUCACAUCCACGACUCUCAGAGAGGAACCGACCGAGUGGGAUUCUUCCCCCCGAGUAUCGUCGAAGUACUGAGCCGACGCCUGGGGGGCGCUCUCUGUAGACACGCCUCUCUGCCCACCGCCCACCGCCUGCCCCGCCCCCUGGACCUGCCCCGCCCCCUCGCCGCGCCGCUCCUCCCACAGACGGACGACGGCUACACGCUGUACGCCCACUUCACUAACGCAGCGGGCGACCGCAGCAGUGUGGGCAGUACGGCGAGUGUGGCGAGCACCCGCAGCGCCGGGAGCGGCCAGAGCACCGAGAGCAACAGCGCCAACAACGGAACCAACGGAACCAACGGAACCAACCAGACCUGUACCCACCACGACAAGGUGGCGCCCUCUGCUGGAGACUUCAAACAGCACGACUCCCCCACAGGGGGCGCUCCUCGGCGUCACACGGUCACGGUCCAGUCCAGACCUGAUCCGGUCGCUCAACAGUUCGUGAGACCACAGCAGCUCCUGGACGGAAAGGAUGCGGAGGCCAUCUUGCAGUGGCUCAGUGAGUUCCAGUUGGAGCAGUACACGCCAAACUUCCUGAACAAUGGCUACGACGUCCCGACCAUCAGCCGCAUGACGCCCGAGGACCUGACGGCCAUCGGUGUGACCAAACCUGGACACCGUAAGAAGAUCUCCAUGGAGAUCACCAACCUCAACAUCCCCGAGUGGCUCCCGGACUACAUCCCUACGGACCUGGGCGCGUGGCUCAGUACUAUCGGACUACUGCAGUACCAGAGGAGACUUUGUGAAAAUGGAUACGACUCGAUGGAGAUCGUCAAAGACCUGAGCUGGGAGGAUCUGCAGGAGAUCGGCAUCACCAAACUGGGUCAUCAGAAGAAGUUGAUGUUGGCCGUGAGACGAGUGUCGGAGCUUCACCGAGCCGAACAGGAGGGGGAGGGGCCCCCGAGGAGACGAGGGCCCCCGAGCCCCCGAGUACAAGACGGUGACCUGAGUUCAGAGUUGCCUUGCGCCCCCUGCGGGCCGGACCAGUCCCUGAGUUUGUCCCAGAGCGACGAGAGUCUGAGCGCUCGCUCCCGAGGCUCCGGGCGCUCGCAGGACACGCCCCUGGACGCCCCCGCCGAGCCGCCGCCGCCGCCCGACACCCCCGAGUCCAGAGACCAGACUCGCUCCAAACACGUCCCCCAGGGCACCGCCACCGUCUUCAAGUACCCGCCCAUCCCCGCCAAACCCUCGCCCCGCGGCCCCGCCUCCUCGCCCCGCGGCCCCGCCCUCCUGAAGCAGCCUCACGUGUCUCGGGGGUCUCUGUCCGACGGGGAGCAGGGCGAGGACGAGGAGGAGGCGGUCCUUCCUCCGUCCUACGCCACGCUGAGCCGGCGGCGCUCGCAGAGGGGCGCCCCCGGGGGCUCGGAGGGGGAGCGCGUGGGGCGGAGCCAGUCCUUCGCCGUCAGAGCGAGAAGGAAAGGCCCGCCCCCUCCUCCCCCCAAACGCCUCAGCUCCGUCAGCUCCCCCAGCGACGACCAGAGCGACAGCAGCGCCUGCGACAGCCCCGGGCGAGUCCGGACCCUCGCCAAGGCCCUCGAGGGCGGCACACCUGCGCCCAGCCAACAGGAGGGCGCGGGGGCGGUGGUGCGGCAGCGGGUCCAGAGGUCGGACUCGGACUCGGAGGAGCCGCGGGCUUUGGGGGGCGGAGCCUCUCAGAACAGCUCCAGCGAGUGCAUCCCAUUCGCCGAGGAGGGAAAUCUGACCAUCAAACAGAGACCCAAAGCCCCGCCCCCUCCCAGAGCCCAGGACGUCCUACAACUGAGUCAGAACCAGACCCGAGACCAGACCAGGGACCAGAGCCGAGACCAGAGCCAAGACCAGACCAGAGACCAGACCAGAGACCAAACCAGGGACCAGACCCCAGAGUUUAACCUGAAGGAGUCGGACACAGUGAAGCGUCGUCACAAACCCAAAGACCCGGGGGAGGGGCCUCAGGGGGAGGGGCCUCAGGGGGAGGGGCCUCAGGGGGAGGGGUCUCCAGGUCGCGGGGCUCUGGGCUCCGACAGCGUCACUUCGAGUCAGGAGGAGCUCAGGGCGUUUCCUCUGAAGCCUCCCCAGGAUCGAGCCCCCUCCCCCGGGUCGCCCUUCAGACCUGAGCCGCCCUUCAGACCCGGAUCUCCGCUCAGAGCAGGUUCUCCUCUCAGACUGACCCAGGACCGAGCCCCCUCCCCGGGCUCUCCUCUCAGGCUGGAGCCCCUCUUCAGACCCGGUUCUCCUGGUUCUCCUGGUUCUCUGCACAGACCUCCGCUCUCCCCCAAACCGCUGGUGGCUCCUAAACCAGUUCGUCAGAGUUUGCUCGGCCACGGUUCUGGAGGUUCUGGAGGUUCUGGAGGUUCUGGUCGUUCUUCUCCUGGCGUCUGCGUCUCUGUGCUCCAGAGUGUGGCCUUCUCCUCCCCCUCCUCCCCCCGCUGCCUAAGCCCCGCCUCAGCCGCCCGCAGCCCCGCCCGCUCCCUCAGCCCCGCUCUCAGCCCCGCCCGCAGCCCCGCCCGCUCGCCCUCUCGUGGUCACAUGACCUCUCCCUUGUCACAUGACUCUGAGGUGCAGCUGCGAUUGGAUCAGACGAGUGUGAGUCUGGAGGCGGCGCUGCAGGACGUCGAGAGAAGCCUCGAACACGGCCCCGGCUCCGUCUCGGUCCGAUCCGCCGGGACCAUCCUCGACGACAUCGGGACCAUGUUCGACGACCUCGCCGACCAACUCGACGCCAUGUUGGAGUGACCCGACUGACAAGCACCAUGUCGGAGUGACCCGACGGAUGCUCGCCAUGUCGGAGUGACCCGACUGACGCGCCACGUCGGAGUGACCCGACUGACCAGCACC